AUGAAUGUAUAUUUGAAUCAAAUCUCAAAGGUAAUGAGAUUUUCAUUUGUUGAAAAAAAAAAUAAACUUUAAAUAUCUAUAAAAUCCUCUAAACGAUAUUUAUAAAUUAAUAUUUCAAAUGAGAAUAUUUAAUAUGAAUAUAUUUCUCAUUUGGAUACUUACCUAAUUAACUUGUGUUAACAGUUAAUGUAAUGAAAUAACAGAUCAAAGGUAGUGUAAUGAAAAUGACAAUAGUGAAUGGGAUUAUUGGUCAAUUUCAAAAUGUCAAAACUUAUGCAAUCAAUUAAUCCUGAAAAUGAAUUUUCAUCAGAAAAUGCACAGAAGAAUUGCAUUAGGAAAGGUGUUGUCAAAUUGUAUUUACUACAAUAAAUUAGGUUGCUCGCUCUUGGAGAAAUAACAAAUGUUGGGACUCAUCAUGGGUUACAUUGUAAGCUAGAGAGGCUGGUAAAUGCGUUAAUUAGUAUUGCAAUUGAGAUGAGAAACGAAAGCUUUGCUAUGAUAAAAAAUGCUCAGACUAUUAUAAUUAAAUUGAUUGUGAUCAAAUAUCUUUUUGUAGUUGGUAUAAAUACAAAUGCAUAGACAAUGAUAAUGACAAGAUUGAUUAUAAAAAAGUUGAAGAAUAAUGUUGAUCUAAACCAUUUAAUUAUUAUUAAAAAAAACUUGUAUAAGUUUUUAAAUACUUAUAUCUAGAGCAUUUAAUCUUACAACUUAUGAUUAAUCAUAACCUCAAAUUUAGAAUUUUUUGGUUGUUUAUAAAAAUUCAUUAAUUCUCCCAGUGUAUUUCAUUUUAUUUUUAUUUUUUUUAUUCAAAUAAUUAUGA